AUGGCGGGUCGUUACGGAUCGCAGGUCACGACGAUGACGGUGACUAAUACUCCAUCGGCAGAUCUAGCUUUCACUAACCUCGCUUACUGCUCCUCUUCCGAUCUCCGUCAAUUCUCCGUUCCCGGUUCCGAUCUCUUCCUCGCCAACGUCGCUGAUAGCUUCAUUCUUUCUCUUUGA